ACAGGGCUGGAGUGGAAGAUGGCGGCGCCGCGUCGGUCCCAGCACCAUCACCACCAUCACCCGCCGCCCCCCGCGCCGGCCUCUCCGCCGCGCAGCCCAGGCCUCUCCCCUGCGGGCGCCGCGCCCUGUCCGCAGCGGCACAGCCUGGCCGGGCCAGAGGGCGAGGCCCCCCCUUCGGGCGGCGGUCGCGACGCGGAGCGCGCUCUGUCGCCGGAGCAGCCGGAGAGCGCGGCCGGGGCCGGGGCCGCCCCCCCGCCGGCCUCCGGCUCCAGUAGCAGCAGCGUGGCCACCAGCAGCGGCAGCGCUUCAUCGUCGUCCUCGGCGGCCUCCAGCCCGGCGGCCGAGAGCCCGGAGUCGCCUGGGCCGGGCGCGGGGAGCGGCGCCUUCCGGGAGCUGCUCGAAGCCUGCCGCAAUGGAGACGUGACCCGGGUCAAGCGGCUGGUGGACACGGGCAACGUAAACGCCAAGGACAUGGCGGGAAGGAAAUCCACCCCCCUGCACUUCGCCGCGGGUUUUGGAAGGAAGGAUGUAGUAGAACACUUGCUGCAGACAGGAGCCAAUGUUCACGCUCGUGAUGAUGGAGGGCUAAUACCCCUUCAUAAUGCUUGUUCCUUUGGUCAUGCUGAGGUGGUUAGCCUGUUACUAUGUCAAGGUGCAGAUCCAAAUGCCAGAGACAAUUGGAACUACACUCCUCUGCAUGAAGCUGCUAUCAAAGGGAAGAUAGAUGUGUGUAUUGUGCUGCUGCAGCACGGAGCUGAUCCAAACAUUCGAAACACCGAUGGGAAAUCAGCGCUGGACCUGGCAGAUCCUUCGGCAAAAGCUGUACUCACAGGUGAAUACAAGAAGGACGAACUCCUGGAAGCUGCUAGGAGCGGUAAUGAAGAAAAACUAAUGGCUUUAUUGACUCCUUUAAAUGUGAACUGCCAUGCAAGUGAUGGGCGGAAAUCCACUCCUUUGCAUCUAGCAGCAGGCUACAACAGAGUUCGAAUAGUCCAGCUUUUGCUUCAGCAUGGUGCUGAUGUUCAUGCAAAGGACAAGGGCGGACUUGUACCUCUUCAUAAUGCAUGUUCAUAUGGACAUUUUGAAGUCACAGAAUUGUUACUUAAGCAUGGAGCCUGUGUUAAUGCUAUGGAUCUCUGGCAGUUUACCCCCUUACAUGAAGCUGCUUCCAAGAAUCGUGUAGAAGUCUGCUCUUUGUUGCUUAGUCAUGGUGCAGAUCCAACACUGGUCAACUGCCAUGGCAAGAGUGCUGUCGAUAUGGCUCCAACACCUGAGCUAAGGGAGAGACUGACUUAUGAAUUCAAAGGACAUUCUUUACUGCAAGCAGCCAGAGAGGCAGACCUAGCCAAAGUGAAAAAGACACUUGCUUUGGAGAUCAUUAAUUUCAAACAGCCACAGUCACAUGAGACAGCUCUGCACUGUGCUGUCGCUUCCCUGCAUCCUAAACGGAAACAAGUUACAGAGCUGUUGCUCAGGAAAGGAGCUAAUGUUAAUGAGAAAAACAAAGACUUCAUGACGCCUUUGCAUGUUGCAGCUGAAAGAGCUCAUAAUGAUGUCAUGGAGGUUCUGCAUAAACAUGGAGCAAAGAUGAAUGCACUGGACACACUUGGUCAAACAGCUUUGCAUAGGGCUGCUUUGGCAGGUCACUUGCAAACCUGUCGCCUCCUGCUGAAUUAUGGCUCUGAUCCCUCCAUCAUCUCCUUACAAGGUUUCACAGCAGCACAGAUGGGAAAUGAAGCAGUGCAGCAAAUUCUAAGUGAAAGUACACCUGUACGCACUUCUGAUGUGGAUUAUCGACUGUUAGAAGCGUCCAAAGCAGGAGAUUUGGAAACUGUGAAGCAGCUUUGCAGUCCUCAGAAUGUGAAUUGCAGAGAUUUGGAGGGACGUCAUUCAACCCCGCUCCACUUUGCUGCAGGUUAUAAUCGUGUAUCUGUAGUAGAGUAUCUGCUGCACCAUGGGGCAGAUGUGCACGCCAAAGACAAAGGCGGCUUAGUACCCUUGCAUAAUGCCUGUUCGUAUGGACACUAUGAGGUGGCCGAGCUAUUGGUGAGGCAUGGGGCCUCUGUCAAUGUGGCAGACCUGUGGAAAUUUACCCCGCUGCAUGAAGCAGCAGCAAAAGGAAAAUAUGAAAUCUGCAAGCUGCUUUUAAAACAUGGAGCAGAUCCAACAAAAAAGAACAGAGAUGGUAACACUCCUCUAGAUCUGGUGAAAGAAGGAGACACAGAUAUACAGGACUUGCUGCGGGGAGACGCUGCCUUGCUAGAUGCUGCCAAAAAGGGUUGUCUGGCAAGAGUGCAGAAGCUGUGUACACCAGAUAAUAUCAAUUGCAGAGACACCCAAGGAAGAAAUUCAACACCAUUACAUCUUGCAGCCGGCUAUAAUAACCUGGAAGUAGCUGAAUACCUUCUAGAGCAUGGUGCUGACGUUAAUGCUCAAGACAAAGGAGGACUAAUCCCCUUACAUAAUGCAGCAUCUUAUGGGCAUGUGGAUAUAGCAGCGCUCUUGAUUAAAUACAGCACAUGUGUAAAUGCAACGGAUAAAUGGGCAUUCACACCGUUGCAUGAAGCAGCACAAAAAGGAAGAACACAGCUAUGUGCUCUGCUACUAGCUCAUGGAGCAGAUCCAACCAUGAAGAACCAAGAGGGUCAAACACCUUUAGAUCUGGCAACGGCUGAUGAUAUCAGAGCUUUGCUGAUAGAUGCAAUGCCUCCAGAAGCCUUGCCUACCUGUUUUAAACCUCAGGCAACUGUAGUUAGUGCCUCUCUAAUCUCACCAGCAUCUACUCCCUCCUGUCUCUCUGCUGCCAGCAGCAUAGAUAACCUUACAGGGCCUCUGGCAGAACUUGCAGUGGGAGGAGCAUCAAAUGCUGGGGAUGGAGCAGCAGGAACAGAAAGAAAAGAAGGAGAAGUCGCUGGUCUUGACAUGAAUAUCAGCCAGUUCCUGAAAAGCCUUGGGCUUGAACACCUGCGGGAUAUCUUUGAAACAGAACAGAUAACUCUUGAUGUAUUGGCAGACAUGGGGCAUGAAGAGUUAAAAGAAAUUGGCAUUAAUGCAUAUGGACAUCGUCACAAACUAAUAAAAGGUGUAGAGAGACUUCUAGGAGGUCAGCAAGGCACCAGUCCUUAUUUGACUUUUCACUGUGUGAGCCAAGGGACUAUUCUCCUAGAUCUUGCUCCCGAUGAUAAGGAGUAUCAAUCAGUAGAAGAGGAGAUGCAAAGUACAAUCCGGGAGCACAGAGACGGUGGCAAUGCUGGCGGGAUCUUCAACAGAUAUAAUGUCAUCAGGAUUCAGAAGGUUGUGAACAAGAAGUUGAGGGAGAGAUUCUGUCACAGACAGAAGGAGGUCUCAGAGGAAAAUCACAACCAUCACAAUGAGCGUAUGUUGUUUCAUGGGUCUCCUUUUAUUAACGCAAUUAUUCACAAAGGAUUUGAUGAAAGACAUGCAUACAUUGGCGGGAUGUUUGGAGCUGGAAUUUACUUUGCAGAGAACUCCUCGAAAAGUAACCAGUAUGUGUAUGGAAUUGGGGGAGGGACCGGCUGCCCAACACACAAAGACAGAUCCUGUUACAUUUGUCACAGACAAAUGCUUUUCUGUAGAGUCACUCUUGGAAAAUCCUUUCUGCAGUUCAGUACAAUGAAAAUGGCUCAUGCCCCUCCCGGACAUCAUUCUGUAAUUGGCAGGCCAAGCGUGAAUGGACUUGCAUAUGCUGAAUAUGUUAUCUACAGAGGAGAGCAGGCUUACCCAGAAUAUCUCAUUACAUACCAGAUCAUGAAACCAGAAGCUCCCUCACAAACUGCAACUGCAGCAGAGCAGAAGACCUAGUAAAUGUAGAGUGGUGAAGCAAAAUAUGAUUUAAAUCUUGGACUGGAUGACAUUUUGUUUCAGAAAAUCAAUAUCAUAUAAAAUUCUUGACAACCUGGAAAUAAGCUGUAUGUCUUUUAUAAAGCAUUGCUAUAUUGACAAGUAUAAUAUGAGUAACUGAUACAUACUCAACUGCUACUGUUCCUUUUGAGGAAAUGUUUACAAGGGACUGCCUUUUUACAACAUAUCUCAGGCUCAUUCUCACCUCAGUUACCAAGUGUAAAACAACAUUGCAUUGAUCUAGACUUUGGGAACAUUAUGCUACAAGCAGAAAACAUUACCAGUACAACUCCAUAUGUUAAAAUUUCAUAGACUACUGUUCUCGUUAUUUUUAUUUACAGAUAAAUUGCAUUAAACCCAUCAUUUCUUUUCAGCACACAAAAUUCAACUUAUUGUUUAGAGAGAUCUUAGUCAACUAUUUAUUUUACUUCUUUUGUAUUCUGAAAUUGAGCCGGAACCUUCUUAAAGAUAUUUUGCACAAAGUCAAGUUGGCUAAAAUCAUUAACAAUGCAAUAUGAGUUUCUUAUCCAAGAAGGGGCUAGGUCCAGUUCUUCAGCUUAGGGGUUUUUUGCACUUUUAUGAGCAAACGUUGCUACAGGCAUAACUUUAGGGUGGAAACAAAUCAAGUUCCAAUUUGCUGCUUACUCUGUCAGUUUUCUAGGAGAAGUAUUAGUGAGUAUCGUGAACUUCAUAAAGCUGCCUCUUGUGUUUGGUAAAACUUCAUGAAGCAGGUCAGUGCCCUCUGCGGACUAAAAUAUAAAUAUCGCUUUAUGAAUGAAAGGUUAAAAAGACUGCUAAAGUACAAUGCAGACUGUGAAAUGUUCUCAAGUGACAGUGGCAUAUAAUUCAAAAGAAGCAACUCUGCGAGGAGAUGAAAAUUAGUGGGUAAAAAGCCAGAAGAUUGUGUGCAGAAGUAUGAAGUGCAGUUCCUUAAAGACACACCCAGCAACUGGUUAAUUUAAAGCAACAAAAAUGGAUUAUAUUAUGUCGAGUUCAUGUCGUAUCUUCAUGCACAACAUCACAAUUGAAGUGCACGAGUGAUGUACAAAAAAGAUACAAACAUUUAUUUCCACCAGUGUAUAAUUGUUCUAAACAUCAAUUAGUGGGGACUGGGUUUAUAUGAAAACAAAGCCAGGCUUUGUCCUUUCUAAUCAUCCUCCUACAAUGUUUUGUUUUUAUUUUGUCUGGGUAGGGGAAGGUUACUUUCAAGCACUGCGUAGCAUAAUAUAAAAUGGUUUCAAAUGUCCAAUACCAAGGGUGCAAAUUUAACCCCAAAAAAAUCUUGACUUCCUUUUGCAACUUUAAUUUUAGAAAGACGGAGGAAGUUGAAAAUAAAACCAUUUUAAGAUUCUUUUUUAAUAGGCUGUCUCAACAAGAGGCACAGCAGCAUUUAUUGUGCAGUGACUUUGGAAAAUGUAUGUCUGAGAGAGCUACACUUUUUAUGAGUGCAUAACAGCCAGCGAUGUUAAAUUGCUCAUGUUACAAUUCUUGCAUUAAUGCCUUUUACCUCCAGAAAGUAUUGAAAUGACAGGUUAGUGUAUUGCCUUUAGUUACAAAAUAAAAGAAUUGUCUACUUGCAGAAAUCUGCGGAUAAAACAAUCAAAAAAAAAAUCCGAACAGAGAUUUUCAAUAUAAAAACAGAAGAAAUUCUGCAGAGAGAUUCUUGUGGAGAACAAAUGUUACCACUUGUAAAAUUGGUAAUUUGAGGCAGGCUUGCUGAACUGCACACCAUCUUUUGCAGUAUACCUAGAGAAAAGGUUAGAAGCAGCAGUUCCAAUAAACAUCAAACUUUUCUUUGUUUUGCUUAAGUCUCCUGUGCCGGCACUGGACAUAUGGUUCUGAGUUUGGUUUUGUGACUCUAAUAUGCUUCGUCAGUCCAAACCAGAAUUAAGACCCAGCUGUCCCUUUUAAUUAAAUUUCAUUGACUCAAGUUGAGUGUUUGUGUUUUGGCUACUUGUUUAAUAGUGUUAGAAUUCAAAUGAUAACAACUAGGCUUUGAAGUUUUGUAUUCAUUUAGAGGGCUUUUUAUUUUUAUGUUAUUUAGUUAAUCAGGGGUUUGGGAUGUGCCAUCUGCAGUAGUUUCAGAUAGCUGUUAAAAUGCAUAUUACCUGCCAUCUCUCAUUAGACAUAGUUUUAAAUGGUAACACAGUUGUGCAUCUUAGUUAAGCGAAACAGUUAACAUGGGUGUAGAAGUUCAAAGCUUUACAGCUUUAAAAAAAACCCUAUGCCUGAUUCUGUUGUUGUUUGUUGUUUCCAAUGUACUAAUUGAACUAAUGGCUGCUCUAGGAUUCAUCUGGAGCUCUAAACUUCUAGAAGACAAAAAUGUGGUCCAAUAUCUUUUAACUGCCAGUGUUAUGUAUCUGAUGUUCUGUGCAGAGUAAAGGUGCUGUGUGAGGAAAUCA